AUCAGAGACGGGAAAAUAGAUGAGAAGGAGAAGUAAAGAGACAAGCUGAGGAAGUCCAGAGCUCCAAAAACAGGAGAACACUUCAGCAGUUUUCCUUCCUGCACUGCAGGCACCCAGGCAGGAAGCAGAAGUUUGGCAAACAAGGAGCGAAAAUAGUAAAAAUAAGAAUUCUAGAGGGAAGGGAAACCAAAAGAGAAGAACAAGAGGGGUCCUGCAGCUUGAGUGAAGGGCACGAUGGAUUCAGACUCAGGGGAGCAAAGCGAUGGAGACAUCUCUGUAGGACAGGAGAGCUUCAACUCUCGGUCCUUGGCCCUGCAAGCCCAGAAAAAGAUCCUCAGCAAGAUGGCGACCAUGGUGGUAGCCAACAUGCUGACAGAUGACACCAGCAGUGAGAUCCUGGAUGAGCUGUACAAGGUGAGCCGGGAGUUCACCAAGAGCAAGAAAGAGGCUCACAAGAUCAUCAAGGAUGUUAUCAAGAUCUCCCUGAAAAUUGGCAUAUUGUACCGCAACCACCAGUUCAGCCAGGAAGAGCUGGACACAGUGGAGCGUUUUAAGAAGAAGAUGAACCAGGCGGCCAUGACGGCGGUGUCGUUCUACGAGGUGGAGUACACCUUUGACAGGAAUAUUUUGUCAGAGCUCCUGUUCGAGUGCAGAGACCUGCUUCACAGCCUGGUCGAGCAGCACCUGACGGCUCGCUCGCACGGGCGCAUUGAUCACGUUUUCAACCAUUUUGCUCAUGGGGAAUUCCUGGCUGAGCUGUAUGGGGAUGGAGAGGAGUACAGACUCUCUCUGAGGAAGAUCUGCAAUGGAAUAAACAAACUCCUGGAUGAAGGAACACUUUAACCUCUUGCAUUUGCCUUCUUUUCAUGUCUUGUUGCUCUAUUUCUUGCUGGUGUGUCCUUUUGUUUCUUUGCCACCUCCCCACCUCGUGACAUCCACAUCCUUUGUCAUUUUACGCUCUCAUCUUUUCCGCAACCAUUUCCAUGGGGAUCAUUGUGAAGUCAUGCUGCUUUGGUUCAACAACAGAUUUUUUGUGACUGUCUCUUCACUUAGUCGACCGUUGCUGCAGACCAGAAACUCUGUAUCUCUCUGUAGGCAUUGUAUGUUUUCUUUUUGUGCAAACGUAUACUGUACCAAUGGCCAAAAAACACACAGUAGUACUUUUGGAUGUGGAGGAUCAGUCAAAGUUUCUGUUUGUGUGCGUGUUUGCGUGCACAUGCACACGUGAAUGUGUGGAAUCAGCUUGAGUAAUUUUGUGUUGUGUUUGUACUGUACACCUGCAGUGUGUCAUGGUGUGUGUCGGUCUUCGAACAAGGGUAUAACAUGUAUCUUUUAUUAAAGAUUUCUUCAAAUCCA